AUGAAGGGCCAGAAACCUGCAAUUGCCGCUGCCGGAACAUUCUUAAGCCUGUUUACGUUCUCUCAAAUAUACCAAAAGGCAGUGUUCCCAAAGAUAACACCCAUCUCAGAAAGGUUAGAGGAGAAGCACUGGGUUGCAUCUUCGAACUCUUGGUUGGAUAGGAAAGUCUGCAACUGGUUUGGGUUCUGUGGUCUUGCUCACCUGAACCAGUCUCGGUGGACGGACAAGAAAGCCAAAGGUAACCACAGAAAGCAGCAGAGGCCGUGGUCUGGGGUUAACGAAGACGUGGAUAGCAUUGACCUUGACACAUUUUGGACAAGUGCUACCACUAAUCCCGAAGACUGGUCAGAGGAAGAACGAAUCCUGCGGGAGAUUCCCGAAUACGUCUUGGAGCAUGCGCCUUACAUUCACCUCUACUCUGGCGAGGAGUUUUGGCCGUGUGACAUUGCAGAACACCUGAUCCACACAACGCCACAUCUAAAUUAUACUCCUUUACAGGCCUCUUCCGAUCACCCCAAUCUCACGAACCUGAAUGACCUUAACAGAUGGGGUCGAUUCGUGUAUCUUCAAAGCGAUGACAAUGUGGAAGAACGCCCAGAAUGGCUCGGUGGCGAAACGAACAUCCCCAACAUUCCGGAUCCCGAUCCCUGGGCUAAAUGGGAUGAACAAAUCGGUCAACGUUUCGAAGAAGAUACUGAUGCUGAAGGGGAAGAUUGGUGGGAAGUAGGCGUUGGGGAUACAGUAGACAAGGGAGGCAUCCGACCCGUCUCAGGACCUAUCACUGAACCGGUUACUGUUCCCACCAACACUGCUGAAGGCGAAGAUCUUUUGCACAAGAUUGACAAACAGUGGCAGCCAGAAUUAGCUCGUCGCAAACUCGGAAAAGAGAUUGUUGGUGGUAGAAGCGGUGCGCCUGCAGUGCUCAUCGUCGUCGACAAGGGUGAUGGCGUUGUGGAUGCAUUCUGGUUCUUCUUCUACAGCUACAAUUUGGGCAACACCGUCUUCAAUGUUCGAUUUGGAAACCACGUGGGUGACUGGGAGCACACAGUUGUGCGAUUCCAGCAUGGCAAACCAAAAGCAGUGUUCUUCAGCGAGCACAGCUUUGGUGAGGCAUACACCUAUGAGGCCGUGGAGAAAAUUGGCAAAAGGCCCGUGGGAUACUCCGCUACUGGAACGCAUGCAAUGUAUGCCACAGCUGAUACUCACCCGUACAUUCUACCAGGGGGUAUUCUCCACGACGUCACGGAUCGCGGGCCGCUCUGGGACCCUCUUCUUAAUGUGCAUUCAUUCACCUAUGACUACACGAAUGACACUUUGCGCAGCUCUAAUGUCACACCACAUGCACCAAUAGGUUGGUUCUACUUUAUGGGCCACUGGGGGGACAAGUUCUACCCACUCAGCGAUCCGCGACAGUACCGCUUCCUUGGGCAAUACCACUAUGUUAACGGACCGCUGGGCCCUCGAUUCAAAAACCUUGGUCGAAAGCACGUUUGCCAAGGGAACGGCGAGUGUUUGAUCAAGGCUUGGGUCGGGCCGAAGCGAGCCCGACGCAUGAGACGCUUCCCAGGAGUAGGUGAAGGCGAAGAAAUGAGCGAGGAGGACGUGCGGCGAUUUGUCGGGCCGGAACACGAAGACACUGCAUGA